AUGGCCAACCCAACACUCACCAUCUCCCCCGCCACUCCCCCCGACCUCCCAGGUAUAAUAGAGGUAUGGUACGCCUCUUUCAACCUCCUGCACAUCUUCCCGGACACACCCAUUGUUAAAUCUUGGAUCGCGGCCAGUAUGCUACGGAAUAUAGAGGGGGAGGAUGGAGGUGGGACGAGCUUUUGGGUGUGUAAGGAUGGGGAGGGGAGGGUUGUGGGGUUUGCGCGGUGGUUUUUAGAGGAGGGGGAAGUGAGGGAAAAUGAGGAGGGAAGGAAAAGGAAUGGCGUUACGACGUGGGAAGAGCGGUGGAUUGGUGAUGGAGGGAGUUUGUGUGAGGGUGUUACUCGUGAGGGGUUUGGAAAUGAGUUUAUGGAGCCGAUGAUGAGACAGCAUGAGGUUGUUAUGGCUGGUCGGAAGCAUUACUUUCUGGAAAUCCUAGCAACCCAUCCCGAUUUCCGUCAAAUGGGCGUUGGUUCUAGGUUACUGGAAUGGGGGGUCAAGAAGGCGGAUGAAGAGGGACUGGACAUCUAUUUGGAUGGGAGUAAGAUGGGGGCGGCGUUGUAUGAGAAGUUUGGGUGGGUUGCUAAGAGGGAAUUCAUGGAUCCGGAUGCUGUGAGUACGCCUAUGUUGAGGCCGGGAAAGGUGUGA